AAUUGCACGAGUUAGCGUAUACAUUUCGUCGCAUAUUUCCGGUAAACUGCAAAAAAAAGUGAAAUAACUGUUAUCACUAUUUGAGAUUUGAAAAAAUAGUACAAUUGACUGUCGCAAAAUUUUGUGUAUCCGAUAAACUGCUAAAAGGAAGAAUUUAGACAUGUUACCUGAACUUACGAAAGGUGCCCUCGACAGAAUCAUGUCUGGAGAGGAAGUUGAGGAACCUAUUUUUCAAGUACUGGGACAUAAAAGACUUGCCAGUUCAACAAGUGGUGAAAGGUACAGGCUUCUUGUGUCUGAUGGAAUCAAGUCUAAUUCAUUUACCAUGCUGGCAACACAACUCAAUCAAUUAGUUACUAAUGAUGUUUUGUCCGAACAUUCCAUAGUUCAAAUCAAACGUUAUGCUAUUAGUAUGGUCAAUAAUGGAGGCACCCAAAGGCGUGUUAUGGUGAUACUUAAUAUAGAUGUUUUGGUACCUGGUAACGAAGUAGGAAAAGUCUUAGGUUCUAUUAGUGUAGACAAUACUAGGACUGAAGAAGCUGGCUCUAAUACAGCUCUUCAAGCAAGUGCUGCACCUCAGUCAAAGCCUGUGAUCAAUAAUCAAGUUGCACUAAAAACAGCACCUCGAGCCAAUAAUACAUCCAAUAAUCUGAAUGAAUCUAUAUCAGGUAGUGGAGGUAUAAGUACAACUCCUAUUGCUGCUUUGAGUCCUUAUCAUAACCGUUGGGUUAUCAAAGCUCGAGUUACAAACAAAUCUAAUAUACGUACAUGGUCAAACUCUAGAGGAGAAGGAAAACUAUUUCAUAUGGAUUUAUUAGAUGAGAGUGGUGAGAUAAGAUGUACAGCUUUUCGAGAGCAAUGUGAUAAAUUCUACGAUAUGAUUGAGAUUGGCAAAGUUUACUUCAUUACACGAGGUGUUUUAAAACCUGCAAAUAAGCAAUUUAAUAAUCUGAAAAAUGAUUAUGAAAUGACUAUUGGGAAUGAUACUGAAAUAGCUGCCUGCAAUGAAGAGAGCCAAGAAAUUCCAGAGGUUCAAUUUAACUUUGUGUCAAUCAGUUCGAUUGAACAUAAACAAAAGGAUGAAUUGAUAGAUGUGCUAGGAAUCGUCAAGUUUUGUUCUGAUGUUCAAAGUUUGACAGCAAGAACUACAGGGCGAGAACUGAAGAAGCGAGAUUUGAGUAUUGUUGACGAAAAUAAUGAUCUUAUAAAUCUUACAUUAUGGGGCCAGCAAGCAAUUGAGUUUAAUGGAGACAAUAAUCCAGUGGUAGCUAUGAAAGGAGUAAAGAUUGGUGAAUUUCAAGGUGGUAAAAAUUUGUCUAUAGUAGCUUCAUCGUUAUUUCAAGUUGAUCCAGACCUUCCUCAAGCGCACAAACUUCGUGGCUGGUUCAAAACAGUUGGUGCUUCAGAAGAGUCUCGAUCAAUAUCCAAAGUUUCAGCUGAUGGGGGAAGUAUGAAUGGACCUUGGUCAACAUUCAAAGAAGCUGAAGAACAAAGAUUUGGACAUGCGGAUCAACCAAAUCAGUUUAUUACAAAAGCGACUGUCAACCUUAUUAGAUCAGAGAAUGCUCUUUAUAAAGCUUGUCCAACGGAGGGUUGCAAGAAGAAAGUUGUCGAUCAAAGCAAUGGAAUGUACAAGUGCGAAAAAUGUCAAAGAGAUUAUCCGAAUUUUACGUAUCGCUUGUUGGCAUCUGCCAACUUGGUAGAUUGGACUGGUCAUAAAUGGGCAACAGCCUUCAAUGAACAAGCAGAGAUUUUGGUCGGCGCUACAGCACAGGAACUUGGAGAAUUGAAAGAACAAAAUAAUGACGCAUACUUAGAAAAGAUCGGGGAAGCAGCAUUUAAAUCCUACAUUUUUAAGCUGCGUCUCAGGCAAGAAACUUACAAUGACGAAAACAGAUUAAAAGCAACAGUGGUUUCAAUUCAACCAAUUAAUUAUAAAGUUUACACAGAAUAUUUGUUGAAGAAAAUCAAGGAGUUGGCUAAUAUAAAAAACUAGAUUUAAAUAAUUAUUUAUUAGAUUUUUUACUUGACAACUCCUAAUAAAAAUGUUGUUGGAUUCUUAAAAUUCGCAAAGUGACAAUCUUAACUGGUCAGACUUUUUGUACUAAUUUUUAUAACUCACAGUAAUAACUGAAUUCUAUACAUUCAUUGUUCUGUCGAAAAUUUUGAUAUGCUUAGCUGAAUAGCAUUAUAUCCAAUAUUUUUUAGAAUUGAAUAAAUUUAACUAUAAGCACAAUCUUAAAUUAUUGUAAUUAUUUUUAAACCAUUAUAUACUUUAAUAUGUACAAUCUGUGAGUACCGCUCAAUUGUAAGUUUUCUUGUCUGAAUAAAAAUAAUUUA